AUGUCGUUGGCUCGUGCCUAUUUGGGAAUGCAAUGCUUCUGGGGAGAGUCUGCGUUUGCCAAGAUGAACGCCUAUUGCGCUGGAUACACAGACUUCUCUGAGUUGGAGGAGCUUAAGAAACAACAUGGGCUCAGCGACAGCCUGGUGGAGCGGAUGGAUUGCGGCCAUAACGCUGGGACGCUGAAGGGAGGCCGACGAUGCUACAAGCAGUUGGGGGAGAUCUACGAAGCCGCCGGAAGGCCUCGGGAUCCGCGCCGGAUAGUCAGCAGCCGCCCGUGCUGCGGACCAGCCAAAAACCGAGAGCCAGAAGAUGAGGUGCAUUUCUCGCGACUGACAACACCAACGUCGGACUCGCCACCUCUUCGGCAUAUGCUAUGA